GUUUCCAGUCCAGAGAGCGCCGCCGCGUCGGCUGAUCGUCGGCAGACCCGGGCCAUGCGACCCCUGCUGCUCCUGGCCCCGCUGGGCUGGCUGCUCCUGGCGGACGCGAAAGGCGACGCCAAGCCGGAGGACCAUACCAGGAGAGAAACUGCAGCUGCCCACGAUGAAGCCCAGAGAGACAACCUUUUGGUCCUCACCGUGGCCACGAAGGAGACUGAGGGCUUCCGCCGCUUCAAGCGCUCAGCACAGUUUUUCAACUACAAGGUCCAGGCGCUGGGCCUGGGGGAGGACUGGGACGUGGAGAGGGGGACGACGGCGGGUGGAGGACAGAAGGUCCGGCUGCUGAAGAAGGCGCUGGAGAAGCACGCAGACAAGGAGGACCUGGUCAUCCUCUUCACAGACAGCUAUGACGUGGUGUUCGCCUCGGGGCCCCGGGAGCUCUUGAAGAAGUUCCGGCAGGCGAGGAGCCGCGUAGUCUUCUCGGCGGAGGACCUCAUCUACCCUGACCGCAGGCUGGAGGCCAAGUACCCAGCAGUCUCCGACGGCAAGAGGUUCCUGGGCUCUGGAGGCUUCAUUGGCUAUGCCCCCAACCUCAGCAAGCUGGUGGCCGAGUGGCAGGGCCAGGACAGCGACAGCGACCAGCUCUUUUACACCAAGAUCUUCUUGGACCCAGAGAAGCGGGAGCAGAUUAAUAUCUCCCUGGACCACCGCUGCCGCAUCUUCCAGAACCUGGACGGAGCCUUGGACGAGGUUGUGCUCAAGUUUGAAAUGGGCCACGUGAGAGCUAGGAACCUGGCCUACGACACUCUUCCGGUCCUGAUCCAUGGCAAUGGGCCCACCAAGCUGCAGCUGAACUACCUGGGCAACUACAUCCCGCGCUUCUGGACCUUCGAGACGGGCUGCACCGUGUGUGACGAAGGCCUGCGCAGCCUCAAGAGCAUGGCGGAUGAAGCUCUGCCCACGGUCCUGGUCGGCGUGUUCAUAGAGCAGCCCACGCCAUUCCUGUCCCUGUUCUUCCAGCGGCUCCUGCGCCUCCACUAUCCCCGGAGUAAGAUGCGGCUUUUCAUUCACAACCACGAGCAGCACCACAAGGCACAGGUGGAGCAGUUCCUGGCCGAGCAUGGCAGCCAGUACGAGUCGGUGAAGCUGGCGGGCCCCGAGGUGCGGAUGGCGAACGCCAAUGCCAGGAACACAGGCGCAGACCUUUGCCGGCAGGACCACUCCUGCACCUACUACUUCAGCGUGGACGCCGACGUGGCCCUGACUGAGCCUGACAGCCUGAGGCUGUUGAUCGAGCAGAACAAGAACGUCAUUGCCCCGCUCAUGACGCGCCACGGGAGGCUGUGGUCAAACUUCUGGGGGGCGCUGAGUGCCGACGGCUACUACGCUCGCUCCGAGGACUACGUGGACAUCGUGCAAGGGCGCCGUGUCGGCGUCUGGAACGUGCCGUACAUCUCCAACGUCUACCUGAUCAAGGGCAGCAUCCUUCGGGCGGAGCUGCACCGCACAGACCUGUUCCACCACAGGAGGCUGGACCCUGACAUGGCUUUCUGUGCCAACGUCCGGCAGCAGGAGGUGUUCAUGUUCCUGACCAAUCGGCACAGCUUUGGCCACCUGUUGUCCCUGGACAGCUACCAGACCACCCACCUCCACAACGACCUCUGGGAGGUCUUCAGCAACCCCGAGGACUGGAAGGAGAAGUACAUCCACGAGAACUACACCAAGGCCCUGGCGGGGAAGCUGGUGGAGACGCCUUGCCCCGAUGUCUACUGGUUUCCCAUCUUCACGGAGACGGCCUGUGACGAGCUGGUGCAGGAGAUGGAGCACUUUGGCCAGUGGUCUCUGGGUGAUAACAAGGACAACCGCAUCCAGGGUGGCUAUGAAAAUGUGCCGACCAUCGACAUCCACAUGAACCAGAUCAGCUUCGAGCGGGAGUGGCACAAGUUCUUGGUGGAGUACAUCGCCCCCGUGACAGAGAAGCUGUACCCCGGCUACUACACCAGGGCCCAGUUCGACCUAGCCUUUGUUGUCCGCUACAAGCCAGACGAGCAGCCUUCACUGAUGCCCCACCACGAUGCCUCCACCUUCACUGUCAACAUCGCCCUGAACCGGGUGGGGGAGGAUUACGAGGGCGGGGGCUGUCGGUUCCUGCGCUACAAUUGCUCCAUCCGAGCCCCACGGAAGGGCUGGGCUCUCAUGCACCCCGGGCGGCUCACACACUACCACGAGGGGCUCCCCACCACCAGGGGCACCCGCUACAUCGCCGUCUCCUUCGUGGAUCCCUAACUGGCCAAGCGCGUGCCCUUGGACCUUUCUCGUUUGCCGACAACCACUGCCCAGCAGUCCCGGGGCCUUGGGGUCCCAGCCUUCCCGGCGCAGCUUCGGGGCCCUUGACUUCUGUUGCCCUCGGUGCUGCCAUUGGGGGGACUGAGCCAGACCAAUGGCAGAGCAGCCCGCGGGCUUUUGUGGUGCUCCAGGGCCAGCCCCAUGGGGGCAUGGAUCGUUUCCACACUUUUAGUGACUUGUCUUCCCCACAAAACACCCAGCAUCCUCUCCCUCCCCUUCUUCUAUGGGCAGGACUUGAACGGAACAGGGCUACCCAAGUGCAGGGGGAAGCCACGCCCCCGAGCUCCUCUGACGCAGCUGCAGCCCCUUGGGAUUCUGUCUUCAGCUUUGGGGUGACACAGAGACCUGCUCAGGGGCAGGUUUCCACCCUGAGCCCUGGGCUGCCGAAGUCCCUCUCUCCAGGCUCCGUCUUGAGAACAAACUCUUGUCCCUGGAGACAAUGACUCAGAACCUUCCAGAGGACAGCAAAGCAUCGCAGCUGCAGCUCGGAAGAAGAAGCAACAUGUCCAAACUGCACUGGGUCGCUCUGUCCCAGUGCCUCUGGGGAGAGGGACAGUCAGAAACAGGAGUUCUAUUAAAGGUGUUCAAACCACA